AUGGUCAACGGACCGGAUCCCCACCACCUGGCCGCCUUGAUAACUUUUGCAACCCUACAGACGGAGUACCAAGUUGCCCGCGACGCACACACCAAACACUUUAGCCAGGAAGACUCAAUGUUCUAUGAAGUAAAACCCAAGAUUCGCACCUUUCCUAUCCUGGAUACUUUUGCAAGAAUAUCUGUCUCCCAGGAGAGAUCGGAAUCUAUCGCCAUAGCUCUACAGUUGCACCGGGAGUCGCAAGUGGUUCAUCUCACAAUCGCAGGGAACGAUCCAGUUAGGGGGGACCUUGCCGGACACCUUACCAAAAUUUGGGGAAAGUUACAAGUCCUCUCCAGUGAGUAUGCAAAACGAGAGCGCAGGAUUGGGGAAUGUGGGGAGAACGGGGGUACGAAUUCAAAUGAAACGGUACGUUCAAUAAUCGUAGCCAUAUUUCGUGAGAUACACGAGUUCUCCAUUCAAAAACUGGUGAAGCGCGUGAAGAAGUGGUGGCGAGAUCUAGUCAUUCUCGUUCAGGAGUUGUGCAAACGCCGCGGUGGUCAGUUACAAGGGAUUGAGCUGAACCUCAUGCAUGUGGUGACUGGGUUCGCCGAGGGAUUGCUCUUGCUUGAUAGGCUUCGCAAUAAAGAAGAAACUCCACUCACAGAGAUUGAGUGGGAAACAAUAUACAAGGAAAGCGCGUGGGCCUAUAGCAAGGCACGGCUUGUUCUUGCAGAUGGUAAUGGGUCCGGCUGUGAGAAUUUGGCGAAAGAGUUCCAAGGUAUUCAUGUUCUGCGGUGUGCAGGGUUUCCUUAUCAGAGCCUUUGAGCUAACCCAGCAUCUGUUCUAGACACCCACCCGGGCAGGCCCUUCCAGCUUAGGCGUGCGCUAGAGAAACUUACCUCUUUAACCCGCCAUGCGCAAUGGUUAACCGCUUAUGCCAAAUCGCCUCAUUUACGGUUCUCAUUGCGAUACCAGUUAUCUGUCUCAGUUGUCCCGCAGCAAACUCGCACAGUGAUCCUACCCACAUCGCAAGACAAUUGGAAUUCUAUAUUGGAGGCUGUUGGUGUCGAGUUCAAGAACCACCGAGGGAGUGAUUCUAGGCUGCUCUUUGAACACUUUCAUGAAAUUAACCACCAAUGCCCUGUCCACUGUGAGUGUAAGGUCAUCCAGCACCUCGAGGCCAAGCACAAAAAUCAGUGGGACAUUGUCGCACCAUGUAGCUACAUUGCUGUCUCCAAACCCACAUGUGCUGCCUGCAAAAUCUGGAUAGAGGCUUUUAACAGGCUAGGGGGGCGGAAGUUCCACGUGAGAGGCUCUGAUGACGGGAAAUGGGUGUGGCCUUGGGCCAUGCCCACGUUAAAAGAGGAGUCACUGGAGGAGUCUCUUGUGGGAGAAUUUUCGGAACAGUAUCUUGUGAGCCAGCGAGUAGUUUCUUUUGAGUGGGACUGGAGUAGGAGUCUGCAGCCUAGUUCUUGGAGUUCAACGGGUGGAGCUUAUUGCAGACCUACGGAGGCCGAACUACUAGUGUCCCCCGAAGCUAGGCUUAGGAUGCUUGAUCGAUAUAUAAGUUUGACUCCUUGAAAGCGUCUGUCCGAUGUUUUGUGUGUAGGAAAGGGUAAUCAUUCGGGGAACAAAAGCCACCAAGGGGGAUGACCCAGUUUGACCAUCUCUCUCCAGUUAACUCGCAUCUUGUAUCUCU